GAGACAAAAGAUAAGAGAAACGAGUCAUGAAAAUUUUUAGAUUUGUGGUGUCCAUUAUAUAACCCUCCCCUCAAAACUAACCACAUGUUUUCUUAUUCCCUUGUGCUUCUAAACUCUACCUGGUGGAGAUGCAACUGAGAUGUUCUAAUAUGCUAGCCUUAAAAAAUCAUCAGAUUGAAUUUAUAAUAUUACUUUUAGAAUUUGUCACUGCCUUAUCCCUUAUCAUCAUCUCUACUUUUCCGGUCUUAAAAUGCCAGGAACCAUCAAAGUUUCAGUUCUGGAUAUCAAGGGUCUCCAAUCAUCAUCACCAUCUUCUGAGAUAUCAGUAAAAGUUUCCGUGGGAAAAACAGAGUACCAGACUUGCGACAAGGGAGAACUGUCGUUUCCGUUGACAACCCUUCAUGACGAUUUGAUUAUAACACUUGAAGAUGCUGAGGGAAAUGAGAUUUCUCAUACAGGUGUCGAGACCAGAUUGGUGGUCGAGAAAGGCGUUUGGGACGAUAUAUUUUCUCUCGAAGGAGGCGGCCAUAUACAUAUGAAGUUGCAGUUUGUCCUCAGUGAAGAAGAGCACCGGAGAAUCCAGAUAAUGAGAGAAACUGCACUGAAGAAGAAACAGGAAGAGCUUCGCAAUAGUGUUCUUCAAAGUUCCGAAAGGUCUUCAGUCGGUAAUAGUGAAGUUUCAGAAAGUUUAUUCCGAAGUGGAUUGCUUGCUGAUGAAGCCAAUCUCGGUGGAGACGACCGAGACAGAAGUUAUCCUAUUCAUAAGGUUAAUACUUUGAAGAAGAAGGGACCAGCUGUUAAAGCCCAUAGCAAUAUAAGAAAAAUGAUUAGUGCAUUUGAGGGUGGUCUAAAUCAGGAUGUGAAAUCUUCUACUAAACCGCCACCGACGAUAUCUCGGACGAGGGAGAUCCCAGUGGAUUCACAUCCUAAUGAUGUUAAGUCCGAAACAGUCGUACCACCAAAGGUUGAUGCUGAUGCUGACGCUGCUGCUGAGGCAAAUGAAGAUGGGAAGACUUCUCGAUUAAGUCCACAGUCCGAGAAUUCGGAGGAUCCUCAAGACUCUGCAGGACCUUUCGGAAAGGUGAUAAAAGUCAUAAUCAUGGUAGGCUUUGCAGCACUGGUUUUCAUAACAAGAAAACGGACAUACAGGUGUAUAUAUAUUCAUGUCUUUGUUGUUGAAUCUCAUUCUCGAACUUUGCCUCGGUACAAUCACCGAAAUAUCGUCUAAAUUAUCAUUUCCUUUUUCCUACCUGAAGAAAAAUUCUUCUGCAUGCAUUGCUAACCCUGUUUUAUGAUCU